UGCUCUCUAUCUGAAGGGGUCCUGCGUUGCCCCCACAGGAGCCCCACACUCUUUGGCCAAGAUGCGUUUGGGACUCUCUGCUGGGAGCACUCGCUCCGAGGACGGAAGCGAGGCCUUCCUGGAGGGUAUGGUGGACUGGGAGCUGAGCAGACUGCAGCGACAGUGCAAAGUGAUGGAGGGUGAAAGGCGAGCCUACAGCAAGGAAGUCCACCAGCGUAUCAACAAGCAACUCGAGGAGAUCCGGCGCCUGGAGGGGGUGCGGGACAAACUGAAGGUGCAGAUCAGCGUUGCCCAGAGCCAGGUCAAGCGGCUGCGGGACAGUGAAAGGCUGGAGAACAUGGGUCACCUGCUCAAGUGCCGGGUCCAGGUACAGGCUGAGGUCAAGGAUCUGCAGGAGCAAACCAGAGCCCUGGACAGGCAGAUCCAGGAGUGGGAGACCCGGAUUUUUGCCCAUAGUAAAGGUGUCAGGACCCCGGGAUGCAUGCUGGAUCAGAAGGGCAAGAUCCAGCGAAGGAUCAAGGUCCUGGAAGACCAGUUGAACAGGGUCACCUGUCGCUUUGACAUCCAGCUGGUGCGAAAUGCGACCUUGCGGGAGGAGCUGGAUAUCCUGAGGAUUGAGAGAAACCGCUAUCUCAAUGUGGACCACAAGCUGCAGAAGGAAAUCCAGCUCCUGCGGGACACGGUCAGCACCCUCAUGGUCUCCUCCACCUCUGCCUACACUGUCAGGGAGGAGGCGAAGACCAAGAUAGGCAUGCUGCGGGAGAGGGCGGAGAAGGAGGUGGCCCAGAACGAGACGGAGGUGCAGCUCUUGCAGCGGCAGAUAGGUCGCUUGGAGCAGCUGCACUGCUUCCUCAAGCUCAAGAACGGAGACCGGCAGCUGGAUCCUGCCAUCGUGGAGAAGCGCGAGAAGCGGGGUGAGGUGGCCGAAGGCUACCGGAAGACCUCCCAGGAGAAGCUGGUGCUUCGCUACGAGGACGCCUUGAAAAGACUCUCCCAGCUGACCGGGGAGAGCGAUCCGGACGUGCUGGUGGAGAAGUACCUGGAGUUGGAGGAGCGGAACUUCGCGGAGUUCACCUUCAUCAAUGAGCAGAACUCGGAGCUGGAGCACCUGCAGGAGGAGAUCAAGUUGAUGCAGGAGGCCUUGGUGAGCGGGCGCGGCAGCGGGGAGGACCAGCGCUCGCAGCGAGAGCAGCAGCGGGCUGAGCUGCAGCAGCGCGUGGACGAGGCACACUCGGAGGCCGAGAACUUGGAGGCCCGCUUCCAGGACUUUCGAGGGCAGCUGGAGAAGCUCAAGACUGAUAUCCAGCGCAUCUUCACCAGGGCCCAGUGUGACAAUACCAUCAUCAACGACCUCCUGGGAGUCAAGACCCACAUGAGAGACCGGGACAUAGGCCUCUUCCUGGGCCUCAUCGAGAAGCGGCUGGUGGAGCUCCUGACAGUGCAGGCCUUCCUGGAAAGCCAGAACUAUCAUGCCACCAGCUUGCCUAACGCUACCCUCCUGGUGCUGGGUCAGAGCCCUGAGGAUCUUCUGAAGAAAGUGGCCCCACCUCAGCCCCCCGACAAUCUGGAGGACCCCCUAGGCUUUGAGGCCAAAGAUGAGUAUCCUCUGAGCAAGGAGGAGCUGCUGAGCCAAGUGGUGAAGUCGCUGGAGAUCCGAGAGCAGGCGAGGGAGCAUAACCUGAAGGAACUGGCUGAGGCCGUGAAGGUGGAUAGCACUCCGACCAUGAACUUCUCCAGCACCCAGAAGGCCAGCUCCAGCAACCCCCUGCUGCUCAAGAGCCCCAGCAUUGUCCCCGGGUCUGUCAGGAGCCACAGGACUAGCAGCAUCCUGGUGUCCAGUGGAGGCCGUGCCACCAGCUCCAAUGUCGGCCACGUCACCUUUGGGGACGCAAGCUCCAGUGUGGGCCACGUGACCUUUGACUCCACCAGCGCCACCGCGGGACUGAUGACCAGCCAGAGCUCGACUAGGGGCCGUGUGACCUUCAGACCCCCCAGCUCUAGUGGCUACCUGGGGUCCACUGGAUACUUGGGGUCCAGCAGAGGCCAGGAGAGCUUUGGAGGCACAGAGAGCAGAGGCCCUGAGUCAGAAUUGAGUGGAGGCUUUGGGUCCAGCAGAGGCCAAAUCUCGAGCACUGGCCCUGCCUCCAGCACCGGCCCGGGCUCCACUACCAGCAAGGACUCCCAGAGCAACUAGUAGGGGUGCCCUGCCCCCACCCUGGCCCUGGCUCCUGGCAGGGCCUGCAGUGUCUCUGCCUCCCAAUUCUUCCUAUGAUCCUCCAUCUUUCUCACCCAGUUCCUGGUGAACUGCCUCUACCUCCUUUUCACUGUGUCCCUGGAUCUGUGUCCAUCUGCUCCUCCUCCUCUGCCUCCUGGUCCCCUUCUCCUUCCUCGCCUCCUUUCCCUUGCUGUUUCCUAAUCUCCUAGUUUCUUGGUUUCCCACUCAGGGUGAUGCUGUCUUAUCUCACCUCUCUGAUUAUUCCCCUACCUCCUGUUUCAGUUUCCCCAUUUCUAACUCCCUCUCUGCGCCUCCAUCUCCCUGGCCCUCCUUGCAUCUCAUGUCCCUAUCUCUGUAGCUCCUCCAGAGCCCCCAGGAGUGAGAAGUGGGGGAAGAAUCAGGGCAGAGAUGUUGGGGUCAACAUGAGCUGUGACCAAAGGAAAUAAAGCUCAGAGCCUAACUUCUACCCCA